AGGCGAGCCCAUGUUAAAGAGAAAGCGAAACUUAAAAACUUUAACUGUAAUAGGCUCGCUCCAGCACGUCAGAGUAAAUGGCUCAGCCGAAAGAACAAAUAAAGCAAGUACUAGAAAAAUACAUCUCAGACACCUUCAGAGACAUUGCAACAGUGAGGAAAUUUUGUGACAGAGAGCCAAAAUGGACUCUACAGAGGGAAUCGGAGCUAGACAUGAUGAGAGACAUCAAAGACCAGGCAGACCAAAUCUCUCUGAAAUUCGACCAUGUACAGAAGGCAGAGAAUAAAGCCAAGGCUUUUGGCGAGUAUCUAUGGAGUGGUAUGACCCAGGUCACAGCAGACUCCAGGAAGGAGGAACUGGAGAAAGAGCUGGGGUCAGUCCUGAAGGAUACUCUGGAGGGACUGGAGAAACUCCAUCACUUCCUGGAUGCAAUAGAGAGGCUAGCAGUCACCUCACUGUUUGUGUUUACGAGUGAAAGCAUUGUGCCAAGAGGGUUGAGCGCCGCGGCUGUUCGAUCACUGAUCUCUACAACCAGAGUUGUGUCUCCACUUCUCAUCCACUUCAAGAGAGAUGCAAGUGCUUUCUUCAUGCCCAUCCUCUGCAAUGUGGAGGUCUUGGCCUUCCAGCUGGACAAGUACAUCCGCAUCACAAAGCAGCUCUGCGAGAGAAUGGAGAAAAAAUCCAAGAGUGUUUUAUAUUCUGGAGAUAUUCGUGACUGGGAAAAUUCCAAACCUUCCCUGGAGUUUAUUUUGAACAUGGGUGAGGAGUCAGUGUGUAACUUGUAUGACCACUUAAAAAUGCUAAUCAGUAUCAGGAUGGAAGAGUCAUUCAGGCUGACGUUCCUUUUUAGUGAUGAGGCCCAGCACUUCAUUGACGUAUUCAGUCAGCGUGGCUCCAGAAUGCUUCAGUUCCUCUCUGAUUUAGAGGAGGCUGCAGUUCAGCUGGAUAGGAUGAAGCUGGGAUCCAGCAUCUCCACUGUGGCUGGAAGUUCUGUAGGCAUCGCAGGAGGUGUCUUGUCCAUCGUAGGCUUAGCUCUUGCCCCUGUCACUGCGGGGGUGUCCCUGGCCCUCACAUUGACAGGGGUUGGACUGGGAGUCACCAGUGGAGUUAACAGCUUAGUCACGGGCAUCACUGAAAUAGCAGUAAACAGCCAUCAUGGGCAGAAUGCCAAUAAUAUCUUUAUCAGGUUUAUGGAGGAUGUGCAGAAUGUUCUAGAUUGUGUGGAGCAAGUAGCCAACAGUGAGGGUCCUGUAGCAAGCCCUCAGAAGGUUGAUAUGGCCUAUGGAGCAGCGAAAUUAUUAGCAAAUACUGGAGCAGUAGCCAAAGGUAUUGAUGCCCUUGUAGAUGGGGCAUCAGCUGUGAAGGUCCUUAGGAGUGAAGAGGUGGUUAUGAAUGCAGUCGGUUUAGGGCUUCAGGAGGCUAAAGCAGGUCGGAGCAUCCCUAGCCUUGCUGCAGACCUGCCUGACAUUGGGCAGCUAGCCAAGGGCACUCCUCUGACCCUUUCAAAGUCAGCUAGGGCUGGACUUAUUGGAUUCAAUGCCUUCUUCAUUGGUGUUGAUGCCCUGUUUAUCUGUAAAGAAAGCAUAAGCCUGGCCAAAGGGAAGAAAAGUGAAACCUCUCAGCUAAUCCGCUCUAGAGCAUCUCUGUGGCGCUCAGAAGUGGAGGCAUGGGAGAAGAUGUACAAGUGUAUUCGUGAAGGGAUUUGGAAUUUCUGCAAAAAUCAAAAAAUUCUAGAACAGCCCUUUCACCCUUAAACAGAUACCUCAACCAAAAAUGCCCACAAACCAGGGAACAGAGCUCUAAUCAAAGUAAUCAUUGACAUAUUAAUUUAUUUGAAUCUUGUUCCUAGAAUUACAACUAAAAUAGCUAAAAUUGCUUUUAUUUAUCAGUCACAAUUGUGACAACAGGUUACUUGUGGGGGUGUGAAAUACUUGCUUUGGCACUAUCAAUAAUGCAUUUUUGUCACCAAAAUCAAUAACAGGUUUCUAUAUUUAUUUGAAUUGUUAAUGUAUGCUAUCUAUGAUAUUCCAGAAGAACCAGAAAAUUCUAGAGCAAGCCUUUUACUUAUCAGCACCUGAAACAGAGUCUUAGCAAGACUGAAUUGCUGCACAUUUACAAACAACUGGUCCUUGCAGAGAUCUUGCCAUUUCUUUUCAGAGCUCUUCCAUCUGAGAAUGCAAGGAACCUUGACCAGCUGUUAUUCUUAGAUCACAAACUUGACUUGGUCACGCAGGUUUCUCCUCUUCAACAUUUGGAGAAUUUGCCGUUUUCUCUCCAGGGAGGCCAACCAGGUGCUUGUUUAGUCUCGUGCCAUCUCCAAGCUUCAAUGCUGCAACUCUCUCAUGGUGGGUCUUCCUUGCAUGCAGUCAGGCCCUUGCAACUGAUCCGGAACAUUGCAGCAUGGCUUACCUAAAGCAUGCCUACAUUUUCCCAUGUCAUUCCACUAUUCCCAUGUCAUUCCUACAAUAAUUAAAACCUAAUCUGUACAUCUAACCCUUUGAGAUUCAAGUAUGACCCGGCCAACAUCCUUCAAGAUUCAUGGAAGACCAGCAUCAAGACUCUUCUCCAUUGUAGCACCCAAUUGGAGAAGUAAACUUCCACUGGGUGUCUAAACAAGUCCCUCACCAUCUUCACUAGUCAGCUAGUAAAAAAUCAGCUCUUUAAAAAAGCACCUUAAUUAAACCUAAUCAAGCAGUUUAAAGGAAGAUUUUAUAUUUGCACUUAUAUUUGACUCAUUUAAUAAUUGCUAAUGAAAUGUGUUUAAUUUUUUAGCAUUGUCAAGUCUGGCAGACUUGGUUAAGAGUAUUUUUGGACUGAAACUGAUUUGUUCUAGCUGAGGAUAGUUGUCAUUUUCAUGAAAGCUUGCAAAAGUUGUAACUUGUCAUUGUGACUGACCAAGUCAGUUGAUGCUGUUCUGUUAUUUGAAUUAAAAGGAAAAAAGCUAUGCAGA